CAGGGAUUUCUCUGGGAGGCCCUGGCUCAAGAAGUAGGGAAAAGGUAAAUUGUAAAUAGGAAACCAAUUUGAAGGGGAAGAAUUUGAAGCUACCAUGGUGGCAAGCCCUAGAAGAAAGAAAAUCGGCCUUAUCUGAAGUCAUCACCUUCCUCCAUCCAGCUCUGGAUGGUUAAAGGGAAAGAGAGGAUAGAUUUCAUAGAAUCAGAGAGAGCAGAGGUAUAGCCAAGGGAGACUGGAGUCUCUGGAAUUAGCCAUCAAGGGAAGUGACCAAGAGAAACCACAGUGUGCACAGGCUUUCUUUAAAAAUCAUCACCAUCAUAAUAAGCUCCCCUGUGAUAUUCCCAGAGUUGGACUCAGAAUCAACAAUUCUUUUUUUUAAUUCCAUGGAAGAAGACCGUUGCUAAAACGCUGGGACCAAGUUAAAGGAUUGUCCAUGGUGAUUCACCCAAGCCAAAACAAAGAAAGAAAUCACUAUGUCCCCGUUUGUAAUCCUUGGCCGAUUCCUUUUUCCUGCUCAGAAAACCCUGCUCAUCAAUGCCACCUAAGGCAUUCAAGGGUAUAGAGAGAGGCCUAGAUACCAUUUUUGGUCUUUUUUUUUCAUCAGAGUAAAGGCAGAGUCGCCACUAAACUCUGCCGCCUCAAAGCGGGUGCUACCUGAAAAGGGAGACAAGAAAAAUUUAAAGCUUGGUGGUGGUGCUCUUUGUUUGUUUGUUUGUUUUGUUUUGUUUUUUUAACUGGGGAACAGGGAGAAAGUCAGGGCUCUUGAUAAGGUCAAGGUAAAGCUGAACGAAAGGAAGGGAUCAGGCAGGUCAACAAGAGGAGGAAGAGUAGACCAUGGCCUUUCUGAAGGAAUUGCUUAAAGUGAGGAAUUUGCUGCUGGUCAUCUUUAUCCCACUUCUGCUACUGCCUCUACCAAUUCUACACCCCAAUAGCGAGGCUGCAUGUGCCUACGUCCUGAUCGUGACAGCCGUGUACUGGGUGUCAGAAGCAGUCCCACUUGGAGCUGCGGCCCUCGUACCUGCCUUCCUCUACCCUCUCUUUGGAGUCCUCCGAUCCAGUGAGGUGGCUGCAGAGUACUUCAAAAACACCACCCUGCUGCUGAUGGGAGUCAUCUGCGUGGCAGCAGCAGUGGAAAAAUGGAACCUACACAAGCGGAUUGCCCUGCGCAUGGUCAUGUUGGCAGGAGCCAAGCCCGGCAUGCUGCUGCUAUGCUUUAUGUGCUGUACCACCCUUCUGUCCAUGUGGCUCUCCAACACCUCCACCACCGCCAUGGUGAUGCCCAUCGUGGAGGCCGUGCUGCAGGAGUUGGUCAGUGUUGAAGAAGAACAGGUCAUGGCGGCCCCUGGCAACACCAGCAGUGAAGAAACUGAGCCAAUCAGUCUUGGUGAAAAAAAUGGACCCCCUUCUCUGGAGCUAAUUUUUGUCAAUGAAGACUCAUCAACCCCAGAUUUCCCUUCUCUGAUGCAGGGCAAGAACCUGAAUGGAGUACAUAUGGUCACCAACCCUAUCAUGUCUGUGAAACCUCAGAGCAAGAGACAGCACUCGCCUCAGGAACGGCUAUUAGUCCUGCCCCCUGACCCUAGGAACCUGGAGCUGAGCAGCAGGUACAGAUCCCAACAUGAUCACAUGGUCUGCAAGUGCCUCUCCCUGAGCAUAUCCUAUGCUGCCACCAUUGGGGGUCUGACCACCAUCAUUGGCACAUCCACCAGCCUCAUCUUCCUAGAACACUUCAACAACCAGUAUCCAGAUGCCGAGGUGGUGAACUUUGGGACCUGGUUCCUUUUCAGCUUUCCCAUCUCCCUCAUCAUGCUGGUGGUGAGCUGGUUCUGGAUGCACUGGCUGUUCUUGGGUUGCAAUUUUAAAGAGACCUGUUCCCUGAGUAAAAAGAAGAAGACAAAAAGAGAAGAGCUUUCAGAAAGGAGGAUUCAAGCAGAGUAUGAAAAACUGGGAGACAUUAGCUACCCUGAGAUGGUGACUGGAUUCUUCUUCAUCCUGAUGACCCUGCUCUGGUUCACCCGGGAGCCUGGUUUUGUCCCUGGCUGGGAUUCAUUUUUUGAGAAGAAAGGCUACCGUACAGAUGCCACCGUCUCUGUCUUCCUUGGCUUCCUCCUCUUCCUAAUCCCAGCCAAGAAACCCUGUUUUGGAAAAAAAGAUAAAGAUGCUGGGGAGAGCAAAGAUUCCAUGGAAAUGGAGCCCAUCAUUACAUGGAAGGACUUCCAGAAGACCAUGCCCUGGGAAAUUGUCAUUCUGGUGGGAGGAGGUUACGCUUUAGCAUCUGGAAGCAAGUCCUCCGGUCUUUCCACAUGGAUUGGGCACCAGAUGUUAUCCUUGAGUAGCUUCCCACCAUGGGCAGUCACCCUGCUGGCAUGCAUCUUGGUAUCCGUGGUGACUGAGUUUGUUAGCAACCCUGCCACCAUCACCAUCUUCUUGCCUAUCCUCUGUAGCUUGUCUGAAACCCUACACAUUAACCCACUCUACACGCUGAUCCCUGUGACCAUGUGCAUCUCCUUUGCCGUCAUGCUGCCAGUGGGCAACCCCCCAAAUGCUAUUGUCUUCAGCUAUGGCCACUGCCAGAUCAAAGAUAUGGUGAAAGCCGGCUUAGGUGUCAAUGUAAUUGGACUGGUGGUAGUGAUGGUGGCUAUCAACACUUGGGGAAUUAACCUCUUCCAUUUGGAUACCUUUCCAGCCUGGGCUAAGGUCAGUAACAUCACUCAUCAGGCCUAGCACAUGUGGACACACUCACCAAACCAAAGACAGUGAGUGCAGGGAGAGUCCAAACGGCAAGCUAAGGAAGUUGACAUGUACACACAACCCCGGAGCCAAGCAAUCUGAAGCAUUCUUCUCUUCAAAGGCCAGUCACAUGUGCAUGGAAGAAAAAUUUAUCAACUGGAAGGAGAGACAUUCUGAUUUUCCACUGACUUCUUUCCUGCCUGUCUUAUAGUGGUCAUUAAGAAAGUAGAUUUGAAUUUUUCCCAUUCCUUUCUAUCCAUUCCCUUUAGAUUUAAAAAAACAAAAACAAAAAACAGAGAUGUGGUUUUAUGUAGGGCCCUUCUAGAAGAAAGCAGUUUCUCUUUUCAAAGCCAGAAAACCUGAGGAAGAACUCUACAUCCAGUCUUGCCUGUGCAAACCCUGCCCUGUAUUUUAAAAGCAACCUCUCACUGCAGUCCAGAAGCUGAGUUCUUCUCCUACAACAGCCGACCUGGAUCUACCCUGUAGCAUGUUACAGCAUUAAAUGUCCCUUUGGAGAGCUGAGGAGUGAAACUGUCAAGUAGAGAAGCACAGAAGGUAAAACAAUGCUGGUUAGAAUAAUUAACACUAUUUCUCAUCAUUCUAGGUGCCUCUCCCAGCUCCUAAAAGGCAACUUUAGUUUCUUUCCUCUAAAUAAUGGAUUGUCCUAACUCCUGCCAAGCAGAACCUCUAUUACAACUUCUUCCCCACCGGCAUUACCCUUGUUGUCUGUAGCAUUUCCCUCUAGAGGAGUAACACA